AUGCGCGACCCACGCACAGACACAAGACCCACAUACCCAUGCGCAGACCCACGCACAGACACAGACCCACAGACCCACACACAGACACAGACCCACGGCCCUCGCACAGACACAGACCCACAGGAACCAUGCGCAGACCCACGCAACAGACACAGACCCACGAACCAUGCGCAGACCACGCACAGACCACAGGACCCACAGACCCACACACAGCCCAGACCCACAGCCCUCGCACAGACACGACCCACAGAACCAUGCGCAGACCCACGCACAGACACAGACCCACAGAACCAUGCGCAGACCCACGCACAGACACAGGACCCACAGACCCACACACGACACCGACCCACAGGCCCUCGCACAGUACACAGACCAACAGAAACAUGCGCUGACCCACGCAACAGACACAGCCCCACAGAACCAUGCGCUAGGACCCACGCACAGACACAGACCCACAGAACCACACACCAGACCCAACACAGACCCAGACCCACAGAACCAUGCGCAGACCCAGCACGACACAGGACCCCACGCACAGACCCAGACCCACGCACAGACAGACCCACGCACAGACACAGACCCACCAGAAACCAUGCACAGACCCACGCCACAGAACAGACCCACGACCCGCGCACAGACCCACAGAACCAUGCACAGACCCACAGGACCCUCAGACCCACGCACAGACCCACAGACCCACAGACCCACGCACAGACCACCGACCCACAGACCCAUCGCACAGACCACUCACAGACAAGACACACAGGCCCUCGCACAGGACACAGGGACCACAGGACCAGCACAGACCACAGACCCACACACAGACACAGACCACUGACCCGCGCACAGACCCACCAGAACCAUGCACAGACCCACAGACCCAAGACCACGCACAGACCCACGACCCAAAGACCCACGCACAGACCCACAGACCCACAGACCCACGCACAGCCCCACACACAGACACAGACCACAGCAUCGCACAGACACAGACCACAUGACCCACGCACCAGACCCACAGGACCCCACACAGACAACAGCACCCACAGACCGCGCACAGACCCACAGAACCAUGCACAGACCACGGGACCCACAGACCCACGCACAGACCCACAGACCCACAGACCCAGCACAGACCUCAGACCCACAGACCCACGCACUGACCCACAACACGACAGACCAAGGCCCUCGACAGACACGACCCACAGACCCACGCACAGACACAGACCCACACACAGACACAGACCCACAGACCACACGCACAGACACAGACCACAGAACCAUGCACAGACCCACGCACAGACACAGACCCACAGACCACGCACAGCACCCACAAGACCCACGCAACAGAACCCACAGGACCCACACCACAGACACAGGGACCCACAGGCCCUCGCCACAGACACAGACCCACAGAACCAUGCGCAGACCCAGCACAGACCCACAGACCCACACACAGACACAGACCCACAGGCCCCUCGCACAGACACAGACCGUGGGCGGCACGGUGGCUGA